AUGGACGCGGAAGAAUGUGCAGCGGCGAAGAGACACAAGAGGAGGUUGUCCAAAAAGGAUAGGAAACGGAUGAGCAACUACUUCACGGAGUAUUGCGACGCUACCAGCAUCCACGGAUUCAGAUAUUUGGGAGAGCAGAAGAGAAGCUGUAUAGAGAAACUUUGGUGGUUGGUGACUUUGAUAGUGUCCGUAUCCAUGUGCACUUAUUUGAUUGUACAAACUUACUAUAAAUGGGACAGAUCUCCAGUUAUUGUCAGCUUUGCCACUAAACAAACGCCCAUUUGGCAAAUCCCUUUUCCCGCAGUCACCAUUUGCCCGGAAACCAAAUGCCGACAAUCCGUCUUCAAUUUCACUAAGAUCUACAUGAAAGGCUACGACAAAUUAACCAAUGAAGAGAGAGAGCAGUUAGAGUACAUCUCAUUAGUCUGCAAUCCUCGAGAUAUAAUUAAAAAAUUAAAGUUGAAAACUGUCAACGAAACUGUCCUUCAUUUCUUCGAUGAUAUUUCGCCUAGUUUUUCUGAUGUUUCGUUGAGAUGUGUUUGGAUGGGAGAGUCCUUCGAUUGCAACACGAUUUUCUCCCCGAUUUUAACCGAUGAAGGUGUUUGCUACACGUUUAACAUGUUGGAUAGGAAAGAGCUUUUUAAUGACGAGAUGUCAUUUUUCAAAGAUUACCUGCAUCACGAGAAUACUUCGGUGGGUUGGAGCUUGGAGAAGGGUUACGCUAAAGAUGUUAAAAAGGAUACGUAUCCAAGAAGGGCUUUGUUCUCGGGCGCUAAAAACGGGUUGUUCAUCUCGAUGAAGGUUUACGAUAAAGAUUUGGAUUACAUAUGCGGCGAUUCCUUACAAGGCUAUAAAAUCUUGCUUCAUCAUCCCGCUGAAAUACCGAGAGUAAGUCAACAGUACUUUCGCGUUCCUUUAAAUCAAGCAGUUGUGGCUGCAAUAAAACCGGAAGUGAUGACCACUUCCUCUGAGCUGCAAGGCUAUCAGCCGGGAAAACGUCAAUGCUAUUUUCCGCACGAAAGGAAUUUGCGUUUUUUCAAAAUCUACACCCAACAAAACUGCGAGAUUGAAUGCCUCGCGAACUUCACUCUACGUUUAUGCAAAUGCGUCGAUUUCCAUAUGCCACGAACGAACUCCACGCCAAUUUGUGGUCCGAAGAAGAUUCGAUGCAUGAAGCAGGCUGAGAGUAUUCUACUCUCAAGCGAAAUUGAUAUAAAGUUGAAGGAAAUCGAAGAUGAGGACACUCUUAACAAUAAAACUUUUGUUGGGACUUUGGAUAAGAUUUUGAAUAAGUUUAAUAAUAAGGCUAAGAAAGAGGAAAAACCUAAAAAUUCGAACUGCGAUUGCUUGCAAAGCUGCACUUCUUUGAGAUACAGCACCGAAACUUCACAAUCUGAUUGGAAUUGGACCGAAUUUUUCCGAGGACUAGAUGAUCCUUUCAACUUCCUCACUGACAACGAAACGGUGCAUUUAUCAAAAAUGGUUCUUUUCUUCAAAGACAUGCAGUUUAUAUCUUCAGAAAGAGAUGAACUUUAUGGACACACCGAUUUCCUUGCCAACUGCGGCGGACUUCUCGGACUCUUCACCGGAUUUUCAUUCAUUUCCCUCGUGGAAAUUAUCUACUUCCUAUCGUUAAGACUUAUAUGUAAUAUACGCACUCACGGAAGACUACUAUGGUCCAAUUCGCAAGACGCAUGAUUCUUGAAGGAACUAUUUUGCACGUCCAUUUGGUGUCUGGUAUACUUUUCGAUUAAAGUGGACUAAAGCAAGAUUAUAUAAUACCGUUUUUUUUUUGGAAUAUACGAACUUGUUAAUUGCGUAUGCAACGGGUGUUCUAUU